UGCUAUUGCACCCUGCACCUCGAUGGAUGUUGAUGCACCAUCACCAGCCAUUGCUUCAGUGUUCUCAGAGCCUGUUGAUGAGACCUCGAUUCGUCUUCUCCGGUUCUCGCAGCCUGAAGAUGGCGUCUUUGUUGGAAAACUGCAAAAGUUUCGGCUCGCCAGCGCCCCUCACUACUACACGGCCAGUUAUGUAUGGGGUGAGCGCAAAUACACGGACACGUCCAUGCACUUGAAGUCAGGAACCCUCCCAGUGCUCAGUAGCCUCGCCCCCUUCAUCCACAUGGUCACCCACCACAAAGAUUUUCAGCCCGCAGACUGGUGGUGGAUUGAUUCGCUGUGCAUAAACCUCCAGGAUGCUCAAGAGCGAGAAAAGCAAGUGCGCAUUAUGGCGGAGAUCUACAGGAAGGCCAGAAGAGCCAUUGUCUGGUUAGGCGAAGAGAAGGAAGACGGUAGUGAUUGCACGACUGCGAUUGACUUUCUACACUUCCUCUCUAGCAUGCAGAUUGCCUUCAAGGGCGAUGAGAUUGCCAUGCGCAACAGCCUUGAGAACCCCGACUUUGCUGCAAAAUGUGUAGCUGUCAGCGACCUCCUUGCACGGCCUUGGUGGACGCGUGUUUGGACCCUGCAAGAGUUCGUCCUACCUAAGGAAGCGAAGUUGUACUGCGGAACGGCGAGCAUCAGCCGAGGAAAGUUCAAGAGUGCCAUCUACAGCAUCUUCCUUUGCAGUACCAUCAGUAAUGAUUUUGAACAUGAGCUUGUCCCUCGAAAGCUGUUCGAUGUUGCUUUCAACCGUCGCCGUAUACACCAAUGGCAUACCAAGCCAGCCGCAGUCGGCAUCAACCUCAUUGCCAUCAUGGCUUCCUUGGGCAAUCACUCUGCCACUGAUAGUAGAGACCGCGUUUACUCCGUACUCGGUCUCAUCACAGAUCAAGAUCGUGCGCUCAUCGGACCCGCUGAAUACUCUACCAGCACCCAGCACCAGUUUGCUAGGCUUGUUCGCUCCUUUUGGAAUGUGCGCAGAUCUCUAGACAUCGUAUGCUUUAUGCAUAUAUUCAGCCGAGAAGCUGCAGCAAGUGACCCAGGUCUGAGCGAUGCGGUGCCAACAUGGGCUCCUGAUUGGCGAACCACAAUCGACUUUUCUUCCCCUGUGCCGCUCAUGGCAAGUCAAAGUUCAAAUGAGCACAUCGGUAACUUCAGACCGCUUCGAUCCAUUCGUUGGAAAGCGACAUAUGACGCUCCGGGGUCACAUCUGCGAAAAAGGGCAGAUGUCCACUUCACGGACGACCUUACAGGACUUCAGUGCAACGGAGUGUUGUUGGAUACCAUACAUGGUCUGGGAGGGCUAGAUGCAACGGAGCUGCGAUGCCGGAGUUUCGUCUGUAAAGAUGCCGGUCACUAUCUGCUACAGUCCAACAAAGCCCAGCCCAGCGCCCCAAGAGCUGUAAUGCAACCCACAGACUGGCUCGAAGCUAUUGCCCGCUCUCUCGUAAUUGAUCGACAAGACAAAUAUCUCUGCUUCCAAGCACCAGUACAUUAUUUCACCGAUUUUCUCUUUCUCUGUCAUGCUUGUAUUGACGGUCAUCCCGUUGAUUGGAGCUUUUCGACAUGGUUCGAGCACAACAGAGAUCUAAGAUUCGGCGACUACACUCUGGAAAAUCUCAUCAGUCAAGUCCCCUCCGAAGAUACAUCACCUCCGCCAAUACUUCACAGACCUUCUUCGCAUCCUACGCAUCAAAUGAAUGACAAGCUUGACACCUUCCUAUCACGUUUUCAUGAUACUGUGCGCAAGAAAUCGCGCAGGCUGAUGGUUACUGAAGAAGGCAUCGUCGGCGUGGCACCGUGUCGUGCAAAGCCCGGUGACAUGGUGGUCAUCAUCUACGGGUGCAGUAUCCCGCUCGUCUUGAGAAUGGAUCCUUCGCUAGAAGCGUGGCAAGUUCUCGGUGAAGCGUACGUACACGGUUAUAUGAACGGCGAAGUUUCGAAUUUGGUCAGGAGGGGAAAGAAGGCAACUCAGAGUAUUCGACUCGUGUGAUGUUUUCGGAUCAAUGGCGGAACUCUUACCACACACAUUUUAUCUAUCUCCACCCUAUACCUCAUUUUGGACCAAUGCCGAAGAGGUCGACCUCUCGAUCAUGCACCCAAAUACCAUGGCCAAGGAUCUGGCCAGUCCACCUUUCGAAACUGGCUCCAAUAGCCAGUACAGUCCAGCCGAAUCCUACGAGGCGCCAGAACAUCCCGUCUCUGAAACCGCACUUUUUGCCAAAUUCUAUGAGGUGAUCUUCGACAAAGAUGAUGA